AUGCCGCCGUCGGCCAAGAGAGCCCAGCGCGUCCGCCGCGACUUACGCAAAGACAAGGACACAGCCAAUCCGGUAGACAUCGAGGAUUCCUCUCCUAGCCGCCCCGCCAAGCGUCGCAAGCGUACUCGAUCUUCAGACCCGGCAGACUCAACCGUUCUCUCUGCGACUGCAUCGACUUCUCAGGCACACCAUGUUCAAGACUCCCCAGGCAUGGACGAUGACCACAUCGUCUCUCAGGUCACCCAGCAGCUCAAAACGCAGCCUGUCCAAGCAAGCAAAGACCAUGCUAAUGCAAUCCACGAGGCCAACCGUAAUGGUGUCAAAGCCUAUGCGAAAGUGGCCGCCCAAGACUGGACGUUCUACAUAACGAAGCUCGCCGUCAAUAUCGGUCGCGCCCCCGAGUUGUCCCAUGUCGAUGACGAAGAGGAAGACGAGGCCCAUGUUCACAUCGACCUGGGCCCAAGCAAGAUGGUGUCGCGCGAGCAUGCCUCUAUCUGUUUCGAUUCGAAAGAUGAAAAAUGGAUUCUUCAAAUAAAAGGCCGUAAUGGCGCAAAAGUUGACGGGCAACCCCUUAAGCCUCGGGCGUUGCAUGCCCUCACAUCUGGCGAGGUUAUUGAGAUCGGCACCGUUGAAAUGAUGUUUGUGCUCCCAUCGGAAAUAUCCCCUCUACAUGUCCACCCCAUGUUUCUGCAACGGUGUGGGCUAAGUCCAGAGGCGGCAAAGGCUCCUACAUCUCAACGGCAGCCGCUCAUUGCUCCGGCUCCCGCCGAUUAUAAACGGCCAGGAACGCCCCCAUCUACGCAGAGGAGAGGAACCUCGACAGCAAAAUCACCAAUUGUCAGCACCCCGGCCGUAUUGGUUGGCGCGCAUGGUGUAGACCUUAGCGAUGAUCACAACCAGCAUAUUAAGCCGCAGUAUAGUUAUGCUCAGAUGAUUACGCAGGCGAUAUUGAAUGCCCCUGAUGGAAAGCUCAACUUGAAUGGCAUUUACACCUUUAUUAUGAAUAGCUACUCGUAUUAUCGACAUCAACAGGCAGCUGGCUGGCAGAAUUCUAUUCGGCACAACCUCUCUCUCAACAAAUCGUUUGAUAAAGUCGCCAGAUCUACUGAUGAGCCUGGGAAGGGCAUGAAAUGGCAAAUAGUUCCAGAGGCCAGAGAAGAAAUGACCAAAAACGCCUUCAAGAUCGGUCGUGGCGGUCACCGAGGCUCCUCUGCGCCGUCUUCGCCAAACCAACUCAACUACAUUACCCAGGGGCCAAAGGAUAUGGCAACCAGAGACCCAGGGUCUACUCGGAAACGUCGAGCAUCACCCACAGCUUCGCCACCACCUCGAUCAUCUCUGCGUGCUGCACAGUCAACUCCUCAACAAAGUUCGGACCGGGGUAUCGGACGGAACGCCAAUAUGACAGCAGAUGGUAGUCCGCUGCCACGACAUCGCAAGUCGAUGAACAUGGCACCUGACUCCUCCAUCUCGUCUUUCAACCCUCAAUCUCCCACUCUGACCUCAUCGUACCUACAAGAUGAAGCUGCCUCCUUUGUAACACCGGCACCACCGCGUAUUCACCCGAAGCUUGCGCCACCAAGCACCGCGCAGCGACCUAGCCAACACAUGCCUACGAGCUCACCAGCACCUUUCUGGAAGUAUGCUGAGAUUGGCAGCACACCACUAAGGCCAUCCGCACCAUACGAAUUCAGUCCAUCAAAACUCGCUGGGGGAAUAUUGCCUCAAAGCAGCAGUCCACCUCGCGCGAGCAAGUCACCGCCUAGCAGCCCUUCAAAACCAAAAAGGCUUCCAGCUGUGGAAGGUACUUCGCGUGAAAGUGAGGGAUCUGAAGACGUGGAAGAGGACCAAGGAUUUGAUUUAACAAAGUAUGCCAGCCCGCUCAACGCCCAUCUCCCCUUUCCCUUCUUUUCCUUUACCCCUUGCCCUUUGCGCUGCCAGACCUCAUUCAGAUCGAAUCAUAUUUCCGUAGAAUCUUUUGUUGGUGUGCUAACAAUCGACCUUUGA